AUGGAGUAUCUUUACAGAAGUCAAAAAAAUCGUAAUUUACCAGCCAACAACACUUCGAACAAAAAAAUCGGACCCAUCCAACAAGUAAGCCCACGAUUUCCCCCCGAUUUAACUGCCGACACAAUACUUGAAAAAGCGAUUUGGAAACUAAGAAAUUUCAGACAGGCAUCAAGAGUUCCGAAUGCAUUUAUCGCCUACAGAAUGGCUGUCUGUCAAGAACUUAGGUUAAUGAAUCGCCGUGCAAUUACGCAGCCACAACUGUCUUCAAUGGCAAAAGCCUCCUGGGCUAAAGAACCGGAAUAUGUUCGAAAGGAAUAUCAGCGUAUUUCAUCAGAAGCACGAGACUUGUACAAAAAAAUAUAUCAAAUUUAUAUGCCAUCUGUUGAUUCAGAGAAAAAGAAUCAAUCCCCAGAUUCUUCUAUUAAUCCUAUUAAUCAAGAUAGUAGUAUACAAAUUCAGCAAGAAAAUGGCAUUAACGAAGAAAUCGCAAUUUGGCCUCAUUAUGCAAAUUCACAAGUCGAUAUUACAUACUUAAACUCAUCACCUGACAUGUAUUACAACGAUAACCAGUUCCAAGAAGAGAAAAUAAAUUCUACGAAUCAAAUGGUGUAUUUGCAAAAUUUCGAUGCCUAUACAUUUAACGAUUCCCAAUCUUUUUCCACUUCACCCACAUCUGAAACUUUUAGUAUUUCUUCCCAAACGUAUAAUGACGUUCGUUCAGAAUUCGAGGUGGAAGGUUCUGUUCAUAAUUCUCCAAACAUAUCGUUCGAUUAUCAUUUAAACGAUGCAUUUAAUGCGUCUCCAACGAAUUUUGAAUCACAACCACAACAUAUUUCUCAACAACCGGAGUUUGAUGGUUGCAAGCAAUGUGAUAGCUAUAAACAAACAUUGAUCUCGAUGCAAACUCGCAUAAACUAUUUGGAGCAGAAAUUAGCAAACUUAACGGGCUCAUCCGAAGAAUUCUAUUAA